AUGUUCUGGCUUCAGAGAACUUCUGUCCUGGGACUACUGAUUGUGACUAUUUCCUUAGUGUCUGGGGGCAGGCAGUACCAAGGGGAAAAGAUGGAACGCAGGACAGGGCCAGGCUAUUUGAUAGUACCAACAUCGCGAAAAGAUAAACGAGAUGAAAAACAUUUUUCAAAAAGCAGAGAGUGCAUUUCACUGACUGUACUGGAGGACACAAAGACUAUACUCUCCUGCCAUCCUGUACCACAGAACACUUUUCUUCUAGCAACAUGGAAAAUAUUUUUCAGAGACAAUACUUCGUGCACUAGAGCCUACAGGAACGAUACAAAUAAGACCAUUGAUACUAACUGUGCCGAUGAGCGAAUAACCUGGGCCUCCAGACCAGACCAUAAUCCAGACCUUCAGAUUGAUCCAGUGGCCAUCACUCAUGAUGGGUGUUACACCUGUGAAAUUGUAUCAAGGAAUGGGAAUUUCCAUCGUUACUAUCACCUCCAAGUGACAGUACCCCCCAAGGAAAGCAUAUCUCUAAUAGCAAAUAGAACUGUGCUGUGCAAGGCUGUUGGAGGGAGGCCAGCUGCACAGAUCUACUGGAGCCCAGAGGGGAACUGUUCCACUGAGCAACAAGACCAGGGUGAUGGUGCAGUGUCUGUGCAGAGUGAGUGCAACUGGAUGGGGCAUGACGUAUCCAUUGUGACUUGCUUUGUCUCCCAUUCGACUGGAAACAAGAGUCUAUCCUUAAAACUACAUCCAGGUUACAGACCAACAGGAUCAAUCCACUUUGUUCCCUUCUUUGUUCCAUGUAUCACUUUUUCUAUAAUUACCUUAAUCAUCAUGUUACCUGUUUGUUAUUUGAAAAGAUGUGGCUGCAGCUACCAAGUACUCUUGGGUCGUUUAAAAAUCCAAAUUUUUGGAGGAAGAUGGAGCGUCCAGGUGGCGUCCCCGGCGCAACCGGCGGAUGAAAUGCAUCCCUAUGCCAGCUAUACAGAGAAGAACAAUCCAGUCUAUGAUGAUGCACGAAAGAUGAAGACAUCUAAGAUGCUAUAA